AUGAAUAUUGCCUCAGUACUUUUAACUUACCUAAUUUUUGUCAUAAAUAUUUCGUUUGCAUCAUAUGUCACUGUUGGCAUUAGUGCAUCUAUUGAUGACACUACCGACACCGACACCGACACUGAUGCUUCUAAAACCACGAUCUAUUCGACAGAAACCGUCACUGACUCUGCUGGUAAUGUCGAGACCGCCAUCCAAGGGUCUGUCAGUACAUAUCUUUCUGUCGGCUACAGUGAAUCAGUUGUCACUUUAACUACUUCUGUGCCUGUUACUUCCACCUAUACUUCAAGAGGUCCUAGUACCGUUGUUGUUAUCACAACCUUCAAUGUUCAAACCACAUCCUGCGUCACUUACACUUCUACCAGUAUGCUUGUCUCCACCGUUUCCACUGAAAGAUUUACCAUCGUCUCAUGCGCUGACAAAAAGUGUCAAACCACAGUCACUUCUACUUUGACCGGCUCCACCCCUACUACUACCCAAUCUGGAGUCAGCACCAUUUCCACCUUAACCCCAUCUUCUUCUUCCAACUCCGCCGUUACUUCACAGGUCAUUGUCACAACCAUUAGUAGUGCCUCGGGUAAGAAAUCCACUGUCUUGGUUACCAAAACUGCAGGUAUGACUACUUCCGUUUCAGGAUCAGUAUCAGGAUCAGUAUCAGGAUCAACUAGCACCCAAACUUUGACAGCUUCCCGUGCAAACACUUUGACUUUCCAAGAUCUUGCCAACUCAAACAUUCAAAUGUUUUCCUUGAGCUCCCUUCUUACUUUCUUUGCAUUGAUGUUUUUCUAA